AAGUGCGCGAAGAGCAUCAGAUAUUCCAACGGACAACAACAAACGACAUUAUCAUUAACAUAAUUGAUUACUGUACACAUUUAGAGUUAUUUCGUUGUAUUUAACACCUAACUGGCGUCGUAAUGAGUCUGAAACUUGAGUCAUCAUUCAGCAUUGAAGAUAUUAUAAAGACACCAAAAUGCCCAGGCAAGGGAACAGAACCGAGACCAGGGGAGCUGUUAAUCAAACUCAGAAAUCUGCAACAAGCCAAGAAAAGCCUUGAAGAUGAGGUGAAGGAAACCAUACUCUUCAUAUCCGCUAGAAAGGAGGAGGAAGAGACCUUAACUGCUGAAGCCUUACAGUUAGAGGCAACAUUAACUGAAAAGGAAGAGUUAAAUAGAUCUUUGCAGCUCAAAUGUGAGGACAUCCAGCAAGAGGCACAAAGGCAGCUUGAGCAGAACCAUCAGAAAGAGGAACUGGUAAAGCAGUACUGCGUUCAGAUCCAGGAGACGAAACUAAAGCACAGAAAGAUUCGAAUGAAGUUUGAGAAUCAGCUUCAGCAGUUAAUGGAGCAGCAUAAAAACCUGUCUACUGUCUUUACUCCGGAAAGACUACCAGCAGAAAUACAGUCUGCUGAAUACACCACUGAGCAGCUGCUGAAAGCUGAGCAACAGAAACGGGAGCAGUUGACCAAGCUGCUGGACGGGUUAAGCCACACCCAGAAUGCAAAGAUGGACACUUAUGAAAAAGCAUGAAAAAGCACACAUUUCGCAAACUUGAGUUGAGUCCCUUUUGUUUUCCAACAAAUGCUAAUCUUACAGUAGAUAGAGAAGUUAGAGAAGCGUUUUUUUCUAUUGGGUUCUGUUCUUCUAUUUUAACCUGUUGCCAUAUGUACCGUCGUUGUGUUAUACCAUAAAAAAGUACAAACACUGAUAUAAACCUCAAUCAAAUCAUACCCAUACCUAGUAUAUAAACGUUUCUAAAUCAUUUAUUCAGAAUUUAUAAGACACAAUAAAAAAGUUUGUAAACAAGCCU